CUGCGGAGUAUCCGAUCCAGCUCACCGAAGAUAAGAGAUGGAAGACGGGGCAAAUUACAAACGGAUUUCCAGCUGAUAGAUAAACUAAACAAAUAUAUAUCAGAACUCCCGGCGGCUUUCUUCGCCAGCGAUGGAGGCCGUACAGUUCUCGACCGUUGCCUCCCGCCACUUUCCUUCGAAGUCCUUGCCGAAGAGCUCCAGGAGCUUGUUUAGCUGCAAAUGUGCGAGGAAUUCUGCUAAAGCAGUCCGUUCUUCAUGGAGCGGUUCGAGCAGCGUUGUUUCUCUUUCGUCCAGAAAUCCGUUUACUAGACAACUGUGGGGUUGGGUGAAUAGCAGGAGCGUUGCUCUGAGAAGAGAUACGCGUGGCGUGGUGAGAGCAGAAAUGUUUGGGCAGUUGACGAGCGGGCUUGAAAAUGCUUGGAACAAGCUCAAAGGAGAAGAGGUUUUGACGAAGGAAAACAUAGUGGAGCCUAUGAAGGAUAUUAGGAGAGCUCUUCUGGAAGCAGAUGUAAGCCUUCCAGUUGUUAGAAGGUUUGUUCAAUCAGUUAGCGAGGAAGCCGUUGGGGUAGGCCUGAUACGAGGAGUGAAGCCUGAUCAGCAAUUGGUCAAGAUUGUACGUGAUGAACUUGUGAAAUUAAUGGGAGGAGAGGUCUCUGAACUAGUUUUUGCAAAAUCUAGCCCUACAGUCAUAUUAUUGGCUGGUCUACAAGGAGUUGGCAAGACGACAGUAUGUGCAAAGCUGGCAAACUAUCUUAAGAAACAGGGAAAGAGUUGCAUGCUUGUUGCUGGAGAUGUGUACAGACCUGCUGCUAUUGAACAACUCAUCAUUUUAGGUGAACAGGUGGGUGUUCCUGUUUAUACAGAGGGGACGGAUGUCAAGCCUGCUGAAAUAGCUAGGAAAGGCUUAGUGGAGGCUAAAAAACAAAAUGUAGAUGUUUUGAUAGUUGAUACUGCUGGAAGGCUUCAGAUAGACAAAGGGAUGAUGGAUGAAUUGAAAGACGUGAAGAAAGUCCUGAGCCCAACUGAGAUUUUGCUUGUUGUUGAUGCUAUGACAGGCCAAGAAGCUGCAGCACUGGUGACUACUUUCAAUGUUGAAAUUGGAAUCACGGGUGCCAUUUUGACAAAGCUAGAUGGAGAUUCCAGAGGUGGGGCUGCUCUGAGUGUUAAAGAGGUAUCAGGAAAGCCAAUCAAACUUGUAGGUCGAGGAGAGAGAAUGGAUGACCUGGAACCUUUCUACCCAGAUCGUAUGGCUGGACGUAUUUUAGGAAUGGGAGACGUUCUCUCAUUUGUGGAGAAAGCACAAGAAGUAAUGCGCCAAGAAGAUGCCGAAGACCUUCAAAAGAAGAUAAUGAGCACAACAUUCGAUUUCAAUGAUUUCCUGAAGCAAACUCGUGCAGUCGCACGCAUGGGUUCCAUGACUCGUGUCCUUGGCAUGAUCCCAGGGAUGGGAAAGGUAACUCCUGUUCAAAUUCGAGAAGCAGAGAAAAGCUUAAAGAUCGUGGAAGCGAUGAUUGAAGCAAUGACUCCAGAGGAAAGAGAGAAGCCUGAGUUGUUGGCAGAGUCAUCAAUUAGGAGGAAAAGGAUUGCACAAGCGUCUGGGAAAACAGAGCAGCAGGUGAGCCAACUUGUUGCCCAACUUUUCCAAAUGCGAGUUCGGAUGAAGAAUAUGAUGGGUGCAAUGGAAGGUGAAUCUAUUCCUGCUCUGAGCAAUCUUGAAGAUUCCCUAAAGGCCGUACAGAAGGCUCCUCCUCGUACCGCAAGAAGGAAGAGAAUAUCAGAAUCCAAGAAGCAGUCAUUAUCAUCAAGGCCCAGUCCCCGUGGCUUCGGUUCAAGCAGUUAGGAUCUGUCCACUCAUCAAAAGAUAGAAGUCCAAUAUCCUGCAACUAUCACAUUUUUUUGUUGUUGUUAAGGGUGAUAUUAUUAUUAUUAUUAUUAUUAUUAUUAUUAUUAUUAUUAUUAUUAUUAUUAUUAUUAUUAUUAUUAUUAUAUAACUAGCCUAUUACCCGGCCCGUUGGCCGGAUUACUGUAUGUUACCCACUUGUGGAAUAGGAGAGAAAGCAAGUGAGAGUGAAGGGAUUGAGAUUCCACUUGAUUAGGACCGACCCACUAAUCUGAUUCUUCCCGACCCGCCCCAACCUAAAGGGUCAGAAAGAGUCAAUAAGAAAAUACGAACGGAGAGGAUUAGUCAUAUUCAUAUAUCUUGACUCUUCAGAAGUGGGUCAAACAGGAUCAAGGUUGGGUGAGGGAAAUUUUUAGCGCUAAGCAGAGUUCUGGGUUGAAUAACUUUACUUAGGCCUA